AUGGCUGAAUCUGUAACUCCAAGUAAUCCAUUGGCCAAUUCUAUUUCUUUAAAUGGAGAAGAAAUUAAUCAGUCAGUACCAACAAUACCAACAACAGACACUGGCAUUGUACCAACACACACAACAACUAUUACAAAUCAACCAGUCACGGAUGAAAAUGGUAGUAAUGAAACUGUUGUUACAAAAAAAAGGAAGAAGACUUCACCAAUUUGGGAUGAUUUUGAUCAAGUUGAAAGUUCUGAAGGUACAAAAGCUAUUUGCAAGUAUUGCAAAUCAGACAUGUGGAGAUCAAGCCAUCAAAUUGUUGAAUAUAUGGUUAUCACAGGUCACUUUAUUGAUGCAGGAUGGAAUCUUCAAAAAAGGGUUUUGAGUUUUGUUCAGGUACCUGCUCCUAGACGUGGCAUUGAUGUUGCUGAUGCUAUUUUCAAGUGUUUGAAGACUUGGGGAAUUGAAAAUAAAGUCUUUUCAGUAUCUGUUGACAAUGCUUCCUAUAAUGAUUCAUGUCUGAGGGCUCUUAAGGAUACUAUUUCAGAUAACAACUCAUUACCUGUUGGUGGUAGUUUGUUUCAUGUUAGGUGCUGUGCACACAUUCUGAAUUUGUUGGUACAAGAUGGGCUAGGUAAAAUUAAAGGUAUUAUUCAUAAAGUUCGUGAGAGUGUCAAGUAUGUCAAUUUUAAUGAUUCAAGAUUUAAAACAUUUGUUGAGAUUGCUGAAAACAAGCGUUUGAAGGAGAAAAAACUCAUAAUUGAUUGUCCCACAAGAUGGAAUUCUACUUACAACAUGUUAUCUGUGGCUUUGAAGUUUAAAUCAGUGUUUCCUGUGUAUAAGGAAAGAGAACCUCACUACAAUUACGAACCAUCAUCAGAGGAUUGGAGAAAAGUUGAGAAGAUUUGCAAAUUUUUAAAAGUUUUUAAUCUUGCUACUCAUGUCAUUUCUGGUAGUGAGUAUCCUACUGCAAACUUGUACCUUCCUGAAGUUUGGAGAGUGAAACAAGUAAUUGAUGAUGCUAUUGAAGAUAGAGAUUCCUUCAUGAGAGAAAUGGCAACCUCAAUGAAAGAAAAGUUUGACAAAUAUUGGGGAGAAUGCAAUAUGGUAAUGUCUCUUGCUUGUGUUUUGGAUCCUAGGUGCAAAUUACAUGUUAUUAAAUUCUGUUUUCCUUUAAUUUACAAACCUGAGCAUGUGGCUGCUGAAAAUAUUGAAAAAGUGAAGAAUACAUUACAAGAAAUGUAUGAUGAAUAUGCUGAAAAAUAUCAUGGUGAGACAAUAAUAAGUGGAGUUAACACUAAUAGUCUAGUUGCUUCUUCUAAUGUGGUUAGUUCUGAAAUUAGUGGAAUUGAUGAAAUGUUGAAUAUGGUUCGAGAAAAAAGAAGCCAUUCAUCCAACAAAAUCAGAAUUAGAAGUUUAUCUUUAUGA